AUGACUUACACUUCGAGCUCCGAAGACGAGAAGGGACAAGAUGUUGUUCCUUCAUCUAAAUGUCCGCAGUGCCAGCAGUUUCUGGAUGAUCCUGAUCUAAAACAUUUCCUAGGAGAUCCGAAUGAUGCUAUGGAAGAGCCAGAAAUGUUGGCUGACAAACUGCUGUGCAUUUUUGAAGCCAACGAAAAAGGUUUUGAGAGCUACGACUAUUCUCCGCAGCAUAAAAUAACAUGCUUCAGUGUUUAUGACUCGAUGGGCCAUCUGUGCCCAUUUGAUACAGGCCUGGUUGAGAAGAAUGUUGAACUCUACUUCAGUGGAGUAGUGAAACCAAUCUACGAUGAAAACCCAGGCCCAGAGGGUGGUAUUAGAGCUAAAAAGCUUGGUCAUAUACAGGGAUGGUGGAUUACUGGUUAUGAAGGGGGAGAUAAAGCUUUCAUUGGCUUCACAACAGCUUUUGCUGACUAUAUUCUGGUAGAACCUAGUGAGGAAUAUGCUCCCAUUUUUGCGCUGAUGCAUGAGAAGAUGUACCUGAGUAAGACCGUUGUGGAAUUUUUACAGACAAAUACUGAUGCCACUUAUGAAGACCUCAUCCAUCAAAUAGAAUCAAGAAUUCCUCCUUCUGGCCUGAAUUUUAAGCGGUUCACAGAAGAUUCCCUCCUUCGUCAUUCCCAGUUUAUAGUUGAUCAAGUGCAAAGUUAUGAUGAAGCCCGAGACACUUAUGAGGAGUCUAUUAUCAUUGCCCCCUGCAUGAGAGAUGUGAUCAGCUUAGCUGGUGUUACCCUGGGACAAAGACGAGCUGCACGGCGACAAGCCAUGAAACAUACCAAAAAAGUGAAGGCUAAAGCACCAACUAAAGCCACCACUACCAAGCUCGUCUACCAGAUCUUUGAUUCGCUCUUCCCAGAGGAAAUUGAUAGGCAAGGAAAAGAAGAUAAGGAGAGCGCCAUGAGGCGUCGGCGCUGUGGUGUCUGUGAGGUUUGCCAACAGCCUGAGUGUGGAGCAUGUAAAGCCUGUAAAGAUAUGGUUAAAUUUGGGGGCAGUGGGCGCUCCAAGCAGGCUUGUCUACAGAGGAGGUGCCCAAAUUUAGCUGUGAAGGAAGCACAAGAGGAUGAAGAGUUUGAUGAGGAUAUUUCUGAAUCAGUAUCACCUAAGAAAAUCCUUGAAAAGAAGAAAAAGAAACGAAACAGGACUAAGAUCACCUGGGUUGGAUCUCCGAUCAAGGUAGAAGAAGAAAGAAAUUACUAUCAGAUGGUGUACAUUAAUAAUGAAAAAUACCAAGUAGGAGAUUGUGUAUCCAUCAGUCCUGAUGACCCCACUAAACCACUAUGGCUAGCUAGAAUUACAUCAUUAUGGGAAGAUAACAAUGUACAGAUGUUUCAUGCUCACUGGUUCUGUACUGGGAUAGAUACUGUCCUUGGGGCAACAUCAGAUCCUCUGGAGCUCUUCCUGGUAGAUGAGUGUGAAGAUAUGCAGCUCUCUUUCAUCCAUGGCAAAGUGAAUGUUAUUUAUAAAGCUCCCUCAGAAAACUGGUCCAUGGAGGGAGGGUCAGAUGUGGAGCUCAAAGUGAUUGAAGAUGAUGGCAAAACCUAUUUCUACCAGAUGUGGUAUGAUCCAGAGUUUGCAAGGUUUGAGACGCCUCCGCAGGUUGAACUUCCGAAGCUUGGCAAACACAAGUUCUGUUCAAGCUGUGUCCGUCGUUCUCAAAUGGAAGAGAUGAAUAUCCCCAAAGUGAUGGAGCCUUUGCAAGAGCUGGAAGAUAAGAUAAUCUAUGGCCUGGCAACAAAAAGUGGGGUGCAAUACAGGACAGGAGAUGGAGUUUUCUUAUUUCCCAGGGCUUUUGGAUUUAUCAUCAAGCCUCCAGUUUUAACCAGGAAGGCAAAAGAGGCAGUGAAUGAGGACCAAUACCCAGAAUACUAUCGGAAACACUCGGAUUACAUUAGAGGCAGCAACCAGGACGCUCCUGAGCCGUAUCGCAUUGGCCGCAUCAAAGAAAUAUUCUGUGACAAAGAAAGCAAUGGAGAAGACAUCAAACUCCGAAUUAACAAAUUCUAUCGACCAGAGAAUACUCACAAAUGUACGAUAAACAAGCAUUUUGAGGAUAUCAACCUAUUAUAUUGGAGUGAUGAAGAAGCCAUCGUGGAUUUUGCUGAUGUGCAAGGCCGCUGUGUUGUUCAAUAUUGGGACUGCAUGGCAGAACCUCGUGAGGAAUAUUCUCUUGGUGAUGUUGAACACUUUUAUUUCCAAGAGGCUUAUAAUGCAAAAACUAAAAGUUUUGAAGACCCCCCAAGUUAUGCCUGUGGUGAUAAAGACAAAAAAAGAGGCAAAGGUAAAAUCAGGGGGAAAUUUGUAUCAGAGCCAAGUGAGCAGGAAACAGUAAAAGUAAGUCUACCCAAGCUUCGCACUCUGGAUGUAUUCUCUGGCUGUGGAGGAUUGUCUGAAGGCUUUCAUCAAGCAGGAGUAUCUGAAACACUGUGGGCCAUUGAAAUGUGGGAUCCUGCAGCCCAGGCAUUCCUUCUGAAUAAUCCCGAAGCCACUGUGUUCAGAGAGGAUUGUAAUGUUCUCCUGAAACUGGUUAUGUCUGGGGAGAAGACCAACUCCUUGGGCCAGAAGCUGCCUCAGAAAGGAGAUGUAGAAAUGCUGUGCGGUGGCCCACCCUGUCAAGGAUUUAGUGGCAUGAACCGCUUCAACUCUUGUACUUAUUCCAAGUUCAAGAACUCCCUAGUUGUCUCCUUCCUCAGCUACUGUGAUUACUAUAGACCCAAGUUUUUCCUACUGGAGAAUGUAAGAAACUUUGUAUCAUUCAAACGUUCCAUGGUCCUGAAGCUGACUCUCCGAUGUCUGAUUCGAAUGGGAUAUCAGUGCACGUUUGGAGUAUUACAGGCUGGCCAUUAUGGCAUUGCUCAGACAAGAAGAAGGGCCAUCAUCCUGGCUGCAGCCCCAGGCGAGAAACUCCCCAAGUUUCCAGAGCCCCUGCAUGUAUUUGCACCCCGAACCUCCCAGCUCACUGUGGUGGUGGAUAACAAGAGAUUCGUUAGCAAUAUAACAAGGCAAUUUUCUGCUCCAUUUCGAACCAUUACUGUCUAUGAUGCAAUGUCAGACCUUCCAAAUAUCAACAAUGGUGCCUCAGUAGAAGAGAUGGCUUACAAGGGGGAGCCCAAGUGUUGGUUCCAGAGACAGAUAAGGAGCCCAAAAGAUCAGCUUAUCCUCAGGGACCACGUCUGUAAGGACAUGAAUGCUUUGGUAAUGGCUCGUAUAAAACUGAUCCCCCUGACACCUGGGUCAGAUUGGCGAGACCUUCCUAAUAUCCAAGUGCAUAUCGCAGAUGGGACUGUGACCAAGAAACUCCGCUAUAUCCAUCAUGAUAAGAAGAAUGGCCGCAGUAGUACUGGAGCCCUGAGAGGGGUCUGUGCCUGUGCAAAAGGUAAACAAUGCAAUCCUGCAGAUAGACAAUUCAACACCUUGAUUCCAUGGUGCCUGCCCCACACUGGGAACAGGCACAACCACUGGGCAGGGCUCUAUGGAAGGUUGGAAUGGGAUGGCUUCUUCGGCACCACAGUGACAGAUCCAGAACCCAUGGGCAAGCAGGGUCGAGUACUUCACCCAGAACAGCACCGAGUAGUGAGCGUACGGGAGUGUGCCCGGUCCCAAGGAUUCCCAGAUUCCUACAGAUUGUAUGGCACUACUUUAGAUAAACACAAACAGGUGGGUAAUGCAGUACCUCCACCCCUUGCCAAAGCCAUCGGCCUGCAGAUCAAGCUCUGUUUGUUGGCCAAACUGAAAUAG